AUGUCGCACGCGUUGGGCGUUGUGUGCAAAGCAGUGCAAAGAAGCUCAUUUCCCGACAAGUACAGAGCGCUGACCAAAGGGGACUCGGUUAGCGCGUCCAGCAAGAUACUUUCCCUGUCUCCCUUCAUAGACGAAACCGGGCUAAUCCGGGUGGGGGGUAGAUUAAAGAAUUCUGAGUUAAAAUUCGACGCGUGCCACCCCAUAUUACUACCUCGCGAUCAUGAGCUCACAAAACGUACGAUAAGACGAGAACACGUGCGUAACAUGCAUGCUGGCACUCAGGCAACUAUGGCCGCAGUCAGGCAGAGAUUCUGGCCUUUGUCGCUGCGCUCAACCGCGCGAAAAAUUAUCCGAAACUGCGUAACAUGCUUCAGAGCUAAACCGAGCCAAUCAGAAGCUAUAAUGGGCUCGUUGCCUUCUACUCGCGUUACCGUUUCAAGGCCAUUCUCGCAUUGUGGUGUCGAUUAUGCCGGACCCGUCAUGGUAAAGGAGGGCAAGCGACGUAAUGCCCGCUUUCACAAGGCGUACAUCGCUAUCUUUGUGUGUUUCUCCACGAAAGCCGUACAUAUCGAAUUAGUAAGUGAUCUCACAUCGGAAAGCUUCUUUAGCGCACUCCGGCGUUUCAUGUCCCGAAGAGGCAAACCCGCUUGCAUAUAUUCCGACAAUGGGACCACGUUUGUAGGGGCGCAUAAGCAGAUCAAAGAGUUCUACGACUUAAUUAACGAUAAUCAGGUUCGAGACGAUAUAAACCAGUUUGUUCGCGAGCAGGAAACUUCUUGGUCCUUUAUCCCGCCUAACGCGCCGCACUUCGGCGGUCUAUGGGAAGCCGCAGUAAAGUCGGCCAAGUAUCACAUGACUCGAAUUAUAGGCCAAGCGCAUUUAACAUUCGAAGAAAUGCAGACGGUACUCUGCGAAGUGGAAGCAAUCCUGAACUCGCGACCACUCACGCAACUGAGCGCCGAUCCAAAUGAUCUCGCGUAUCUCAGUCCCGGUCAUUUUCUUGUCGGUACAGCCUUGAAUAGUUUCCCUUGUCACGACUUACAAGACAUUAACAAAAAUCGGCUUACGCGCUGGCAAAGAGUAGAGCAAAUAAGACAACAUUUUUGGCAUAGAUGGAGCACUGAGUACCUUAAUUCUUUGCAAGAACGAACCAAAUGGAAGGCCAACAAGGGCGUACAGUUAAAACCCGAGCAAUUAGUGCUCAUAAAACAGCAAGGCCUAGCUCCUUUGCAGUGGCUGUUGGGGCGAGUUCAGAAUGUUCACACCGGAGCCGACGGCGUCACGAGGGUUGCCACCGUCCGAACAGCGAAAGGUGACUUCACAAGACCUCUUUCUAAGCUCGCGGUGUUACCCAUAGACACUUAA